AUGGAUCUCAAAACAACCCGGUCUACGAUAGAUUUUACACAAACAUCUAUUGAUUCUUUGUUAUUACCAGUGAACAAAGAAAAACAACAACUGUUAUCGAUGAUAGAUUCCACACAAGUUAAUAUUGACCCUACACCUUUAACAACUAGUGUAAAUGUAAAUGAUGAAAUUUAUAAUAAACCAACAACAUCUAUGCUUGGUCAUGAUUUACAUGAUCAGCAAUCAAUACAAAGUCAACAAAACCAACUACCUUCAAUUCAAUCACAACUAAAUUCAAUAGAAAAAUUCAAUGGGCAUGGUGAUCCAGAACUUUGGUUAAGAUACAUUAUGGAAAAAUUUGAUUUAUUACAAAUAUCAUCUGCUGAACGAAAUGAAUUAAUUCCGGAUUUACUGACUGGUGAAGCACUUAUUUGGUAUGUUAAACAACAAAACCAUAUGUCUAAAUUUACCACAUUUAUGAAGCAUUUUCUUCAAUAUUAUGAUAAUCAAGAAUUAAAAACAGAAUCAACAACCAAUAUUAAUCCUUCAUUUAUACCAGUGAAGCGAUCAGAAAGUUCUGAUGGAAAAGAAACUGUUGUAGAUUCACUACGUAAUCAAAUGUUAAUUAAUAAUUUUGAAAAAUUACAAAAAUUUUGUGGCAAAUCAACCCAAAAUGUAUCUGAAUGGUUAAGGCAAAUUCAACAUAUGAUGACUAUGUUUAAAUUAACAGAUGAUGAAAAAUUAUUUUAUGUUUCGUUAUGUUUAGAAGCAGAUGCACGAGAUUGGUUUUAUGAUAAUCCACAUCUAUGUUCAACAUGGAUUACAUUUAUACAAAAUCUAUUAAAAACAUUUGAAUCUUCAGGGAAAGCUGAUAUAUCAUUUAAUCAUCUACGUCAUUAUGAACAAAGCAUUAAUCAAAACGUGAGACAAUAUUAUUUUGAUAUUAUGAAAUUAUGUAAAGAAGCUAAUCCAUUGAUGGAUGAGGCUACUAAAUUACAAUAUUUAAAAGAUGGUUUGAAACCUUCUUUACGUUUUGAAGUUUUUUUAAAAAAUCCACAAAAUACAGAAGAGUUUUUACGAUAUGCUCAAAAACUUGAAGAAUUAAAAUCAUUUGAUUACAAACAACAUAUUUCGAGUUGGUCAUCAGAAAAUAAGCUUCCAAUUUCACCAACAAUUAAUUCUACAAUUACUAAUACUGAAUCAAAACAGAGCAAUCGUCCAUUUAUUUCUAGAAAAUCAAAUGAUAGUACCAUCAAUUAUAAUGCUAAUUAUAACCAUAUUAAUUCAGAUCAUAUGCCUAUUAAUACAAUAACACCUCAAAUUUCACAUCAUAAUAACAUACCAAAACCACCGUAUCAAUGUUAUAAAUGUGGAGAACAUGAUCAUUAUAUUCGUAAUUGUCCACAUUUUCAAUAA